ACCUUGUGGCUACAGGCAUACGCCAACCGCGGUUUUGAUACGAUCGCCACUAGGAUUCUUUAGUCGGUUCUUGAUCGUUCGCGCGACCUGUAACGUCUUGGCGGUGCCUUCAGCUAGUAGUCUCCGCGGUUGUGCUUCGUUCGACAAACGAAUCCUCGCGAUCCGACUCGUUGCCUAGGAGUGUAUGUUUUGUGCGUGUGUGAUUGUACCCUGUCGUGUAUCUUCUGGACAAAAAAUCGUUAGUAAAGCAGCAUCAUGCCGAAAGUUGUGGAAGAACCGUUCGACCAGUUUCAGCAGUACUACCGCACGCCCAACAAUCGGACGACAACGGAGAGUUUCCGGCUGUUCUUAUGGAAUAAGGAGGAGGGAGAAAUCUUUGGCCGCACGCCUUCCAGCUGGUCAAAAAUUGGCACCUUCUAUAUCGUCUUCUACAGUGUUCUUGCGGCCCUGGUGGCCGUAUGCAUGUGGGUGUUCUUCCAAACGCUGGACCCUCGCAUUCCGAAAUGGCAAAUGGACCAAUCGCUAAUCGGUACCAACCCUGGACUGGGUUUCCGUCCUCUACCGUCGGAAGAUAACGUCGAAAGCACCCUGAUCUGGUACCAGGGUACGGAAGAAAAGAACUACAAGAUGUGGACGGACGCUUUGGAUAAGUUUCUAGAAGACUACCGAACACCUGGACAGGUGUCUGGUCGAGGUCAGAACAUCUACAACUGUGAUUACAAUCAGCCACCACCGAAGGGUAUGGUUUGUGAUGUCGACAUCAAGCAGUACGGACCAUGCACGCUCGAGAACCACUACAACUACCACAAGAGCGCACCGUGCAUAUUCUUGAAGCUGAACAAAAUCUACGGUUGGGUUCCAGAGUUCUACAACGAGUCCAAUUCUCUGCCUGGUAACAUGCCCACUGAUCUGAAGGAAUACAUUAAAGACAAGGAAGUCAAGGAACAGCACACGAUGAAUACCGUUUGGGUAUCAUGCGAGGGCGAAAAUGCGGCCGACAUUGAGCACAUUGGACAGAUUCAAUACUACCCGCGUCGCGGAUUCCCGGGAUACUAUUAUCCGUUCGAGAACUCUGAGGGCUACCUGAGUCCGCUUGUUGCCGUACAUUUCGAGCGACCAGUUCGUGGAAUCAUCAUCAAUGUCGAAUGCAAAGCGUGGGCACACAACAUUAAGCACGACAGACACGAACGGUUGGGUUCGGUUCACUUCGAGCUUAUGAUCGAUUAAAAAGUUCGAUUCUUCGGUACUUGUGUGGCUUGUGAAUGCAUAUGUUCAGAGCCCUCCGUCACGAUCGGUGGUAGCAGUAGCAGGAGUAACAGCAGUCGGAGCUGGAACAUUUGAAAAACCCCGAACAGUUCCAUCUGCUUUGUAGGAGCCCCUCGAAAAUUUGACACAACAUCUAGCCGCUUACAUCCAGAGCAAAAUAUCAUACUUCUUGCGUUCAGAAAUCAGUGGCUAAACCUCCAGCCAGAGGUGUUCGUAGCGUAAGAAGCUCAAAACAGGUCCGGAGGAGCGCUCGCGUACUCAAUUACGCACAACUACACAAUCUCUAGCGGCUGUCUUUUGAAUGUAGCCCUUGAAUCUUUUGUAUUUAUCUUACAUCCAUCGUCCGCAGUUCAUGCGCUGGAUGUCGUUGUUAUGCAUUGAAAAUGUUCCCUUUUUAAUCUCAAUUUUUGAAUCUGAAUCUUCAAUCUAAAACUAGUGUUACGCUUGGCAAUGGCCAGCAAGCGAAGUGUAAGCUAAGGAAUUGCUAUUAGCAGCUAAAUUCACUCAUCGAAUCUCUCGAAUAAUCUCGUUAUUCUGUAUAGAUUGAAAUGCUUGCAUCAUCGGCGAUGAGUUGAUGACCACAUCACUCUUUUUUAAAGAAGGCUAUCUAGAGUUUCGCCAUAUCGAAGGCAAGUUUUUAUGCAUCCGUUAUUGUUCACCUGUAAAUACGUUCCGUACGUUAAGUGGAUGUGUUUUGCCAUACAGACAACAAGAAGUGUGCGGGACUCCUUUUUUAAUACCGAUUAUAAACAAACUACCUUUCUUCUUGUUGAAAUAACCGGAACCGAUUGGUUGCUGCAAUCAUCAAAGUAUCGACAAAGUAUCGGCGGCAUCUUUUUAAGAGGAUUCACAUGGUUGGUGCAGGUCGUAAUGUCUUGUAGCAGAAGUUAUGCUAGCUGAAAAUACAUUGAGCGGCGCUAUGAACUUUUUCAAUGAUAGAAUUUUAUUUCUCAUUCCAGACAUUUUUUUUAAUAACACCAAUUCCCCUUGGCAUUAGAUAGCAGAUGUUUUAUGUGCAUUUGUCUUCUUGACAAUGUAUAUUUUCAGUUUCCAUUAGUGGCAUUAAAUGUGGCCCUUUCAUUUUCUACAUUUUUGUGAACAAUCGAACGUGCGAAUGUGCCAAAUUCCGUGCGUCACUACAAUGAGUCCCACCAUUUAGAUAGUUUAUGUGAGAAAAGACAGCCUCAAAAGUCAAAAUAUGAUACAAAACCAAUGACCUAAGGGAACAACAUUUCUGUAGAAUAGUUAUUGAAAGUAUUACAUGAACGAUGAUAAUAGCACGGAAAGCCACGGCUGCCCAUACUCUAAUCCUCGGAACGGCAAUAGACAAACGGCAGAUUUUUCGAUACCUUUUUCUAAGCGUUUUUGAGAGUAUUUUCCGACUCAAGUGCCAACAGCUGGAACAAUUGUUUUAUGAGAAAAAAAAGCCAAAAAGCUGAAUGGUAUUCCAUCACAAACCACCGUCUGCAAGUAAAGCUAUAGUGUCACUUUGUAGCAGAAUGAAACAUUUACCACACUUUUUGGUCUUUUACAGUAUGUUCUAUGUAUAGCUAUAAUUUACAAAAAAAACUGUGUCUCACGUGUGAGUGCGCGUUCGCUGAUGUGUGUGUGUGUUAGUGUAUGUGUGAGUAGCUAGGUAGUUGCGCACCGUAGACCAAGGUCUCUUCAGUUGAUGCUGCCUACUAAAUGAACACCGCAAGUUGUUCCUCUUUUUAAAGCCAAGCAAGUAAAAUCUCACUCAACUCAAUUCGUCCAAGGAAUCAAAAUUCCGCUCUAAUGUUAUAAUUUGUUUAUUUCACCAAUAAAUCUGCAUUUAGUUCAUUGAUUAGACAUAAACGGAAAAGUUUGGCGGAAAUGAAACAAAAUGAAUACUUUCUCUCGACGGCACAAAUAAUAUCUGAAAAAGACAGUAGCACACGAUAACGAUUACGUUACUUUAGUGACCAAAAGAACACAUCUUUACAAACGGUUGAUGCGACGUAAGGUGUUUUAAGUUCGAUUUAUAGCUACGCUGUUGCCUAUUAUCAACUCCACCACACUCCAAUCAAGAAGUGUUCGAUAGUACAGUUUGUACGAAUGAUUGCUGGGUGACAAGACGUUAGCAUUAGCCAUGAUUCUUCAACAGCUCGCUCGCACUCAAAAUAAUUGAACACUAGUAUCAAAUGUGUGUAAGAUGAUGGGCUGCGUCGAGCAGUGCAGGCAGAUGGCUGCCUAAGGUGAAGGCAGAAAUAUCACCUUGCAAUGAGUAGCCACCUACCCCGCCGUGCGUCAUCGCGAUAGAUAGUGCUAUAAUUGCGAAAGAUCCUAUGUAACUGUAAUUUCCAAGCGAUUCAAAUAAAGAUUACAACAAGAAACACCACUUCAUGUGCCAAUAUAGCUUGGUAAAGCCAGCGAGCAGUUGCAAACCGGAGACACAUGUGUUAUCAAAGGGAUGGAGGUGAGCAUCUAUAAAAUAAUUCUUCAAACAGUCGCGAUGAAAGGGGGCUAUCUGUGACAAUUGAAUGGUACAAUUAUCGAUUAUCAUCAAGCUGUCUGCGUUUGCUACGUACAAAGGUUUAAUGGCGCUUCAUCUAGG